AUGACUAUGCACAGAAAAUAUGACUUAAUUGGCUUGUACAGGGGAAAUAAAAAAAAUGAGAAUUUAAUUAUAGAAGUUAAUAAAAAACUUAAAUUGCCCAAUUUUUCUGGUACAAAAAAGGACGUGAAAACAUUUGAAAAUAUAAUAAUAGAUAAAAAAAAGAAAAUUCAUAUAUUAAAAUAUUCAAAAGGAAAAGACACAUAUUUUACUGGUUAUAAUAGUAGCAACUGUUUCUCUAUAUUUCAAGAAAAAAAAAAAUGUAAUAACAAUUUUCGAUUUUCUUUAUGUUUUUUUUCCCAUAAUACAAAAAUAUUCUAUAAAAAAUGGGGCACCAAGCCUUUUAGUGAAAAUAAAAAAAACACUAUUAGUUUUGAACAUAUUGUAAGAAUUUUGAAAUCUUUAAACAAAGGAAAUAAAAAUGUCGAAAAAAAUCUUGAUAUUCUUUUACCUCAUAUAUAUGCAGAAUGUGAACAAAAUUACAUUCAUUUUUCAUGCAUUUUACACAAUUUUCAUAAAUUAAGAAAUAAUAUAUCAAAAGAUUAUAAAGUAAAAGUAUAUGAACAAUUUAAAAAACAAUUUAUUAAUAAUAUAAGCGCAUUUACUUUAAAAGAAAUAACGAUAAUAUUAAAAUGUUUACUUGAAGAAAAAGUUAUGAACAGUCAUAAAAUUAUUACAUUUUGUGCAUACAUAUUCAUUUAUUAUAUUAGCAUGGAUAUUUUAUAUAAAAUGAAUAAAAUGGAGACAAAACAUAUUUUUUAUAACUUCCUUUCCAUUUUGAAUACUCAUUUUAGAGAAUGUAUUAAUACUUUUUUUAUAUAUUACAUGGACAAAACAAGCAACAAUUUGGAUAUUAACAACUUUUAUAAACUGGUAUAUAACUUAAAUGAAUUAAAUAAAGACACCGAAAUAAAUUAUAUUCAAAAUCAAUUAUUAAAAUAUUCAAGUAACAGUUUUAAUUUGCAUGAUAUAUCAGCAUUUAUGAAUUUAUUAAAAAAUUAUAAUUUAAAAUGCUUCCCUUUUUAUAUAUUUCUAUCACACAUUUACAUUUCCUAUAAUUUUAUGGGCAAUAUUGAUAAUUAUUUAGAACAAAAUAUUGAAAAAUAUUUUUUAAAAUAUGAAAUAAAUAAAAAUUAUAUUGUAAUGGACAAAAAUGAAAUUGACAAAAUGGAGAGUGAGUCGUAUAAUAAUAUGAACAAUUUAGAAAAUACAAAUGUGUGCAUAAGUAUAUCCAAAAAUGAAAAAAAAAAAAAUCCAUAUAAUUUCCACAGUUUAAUAAAAUCGACAACUAAUAAAAGCAAAAAUUUUGAUGAAUAUAAAAUGGAUAAAGAAAAAAUAUAUAAAUUCGAAACAAACAAAACUAUUAUGAAUAAAAACGAGUUAAUUUAUUAUUUUAAAAAUGUCUACACAGAUAAAUUGUCAUGUUCCAGAUAUAAAACAUCAACUAAUUACAUUAAUAAUACCGAUUUCAAUAAGAAUGAUGAAUUUUAUAUUCAACCAAUAAUAUUCAAUAAAGAUAUAGAAAAAAAAAAAAUAUAUAUGGAUAUACGAGAAAAUGUUCACAGUUUUGCUGUCAUCAUUUAUACUAGCAUAAAAUGGAAGUAUAAAAAUAAAUUUCUCUAUAUUUUAUCCAAUUAUUUGCUACUAAAAUAUAUAAAUUUUAUAAACUUAUUUGAUAUAUGCAAUAUAUUUGAAUUAUUUAUGUGUGAUAGAUAUAUUUUAAAAAAAAAUUGUGAUUUAAUUUUUGGGAAAGUAAAAAAUUUAAUUUUAAAUGAAAAAAAUAAUAAAACAUUUGCAAUAUUUUGUAUAAAUAUUACAAGAAAUAAAAAUGAAUUACAAAACAAUUUUAAUGAUAAAAUUAUUUCUUUAUAUAAAAUUAUUUUAAAUAAACAACAUACUAAAACAGUCUAUAAUAGGGAAAAUACGGUAAUUUUUUCCAACAUUAUAAAUUUUUUAAUUGACCAAGAAAUUAGUUCCAUAUUUUAUUUAUGUUAUUUAAAUAAGUUUAACAAAUUUCUGAGUUUGGCAAUUCAUGAAGAAAAAAAUAAUAAUGAUAAUAAAAAUUCAGUUUUCAGCAUUAUUGAUAUGCAUGAUUUACUUAAAACUUUUAUUAAUAUUUUAAAAAUAUAUGACACAAAUAAUAAGUCCUUUUCAAUUUUCCAUAGCAAUAUAAUUUCUACUUAUUUUAACAAAUCAAUUUUUUUGAUGUUAACUUUUUUAAAAGACAUAUUUUUUACCAAAUUAAUUUUUUUCGAUACACAUAAUUCUGAAACAAAAAAUAAUACAGACGAUAAUUUGAAAAAAAUUAAAAAUUUAAACAGAGUGUGCCAGAUUUUAUGUUUAUUUGUAUCAUCAUUUAAAAAAUUACAAACUCAUAAUAACCUAAUUAAUAAUUCAACAUCAUCCCUAUUUUAUCAAGUAUUUGGGUUGUUUAAGAAUUACCUUUAUAAAAAUUAUGAGCAUCUUUUUAGUAAUAAUAUUACGAAUAAAAAGGAUUGUGUAAACAUAUUAAAUAUUAUAUUUAUGAUAAACAGUUUGAAUAGCAACAAAUAA